AAUAAUAUUGUUUUUUAUAAUCAACGUUUUUUUAUCUUUUUUUUCUAUCAAUAUAAUCUAACAUUUUUAUUAAUAAUUCAAUGAAUGACUUGUGCUUGUGCGUUUUAUAGUUUUUAACAUUAUUCACAUUAUCGUGUGAUUCUAAGUGUUUUAUGCCGCGGUUCUUCAAGGAAAAUGCCAACGACGCCAUUAAAAAUAGAUAUAUUUGACGACGGUGUUCGUCCAAGAGAUUGGCAACCACGUAGAUCUCAGUACAAGGUUCCUCUGAGAUUAUUUCGAUUGUGUUUAUUGGGAAUGUUUCUUCCCGCGAUAUUAGUAGCAGGGCCGAUGUACUUACGAUAUCGUGUCUAUUCCGAGCAACUAUAUCCUUUAACCGUCUCCGAUCAAAGGCUUAUCGACGCAAAAGUAUCUACUACUUGGUGCCAGAGUCAGAUGAUCAAAGUUAAUACCACAUUUAAUGCCUAUUUGAUGAAUGACGAACCAAAAGUGAAAAACGAAUUCCUACCUGUCUCUAUGACGAGACAUUUGAUUUUAGAGGACGACAUGAAGGAAUAUUGGGGCUUCUAUCUUCUUCGGGGUAGCAGUGUUACCGUGUCUACUUGCGUGAGAUGGCCUGGCGCUUCUUUAACCAUGAUUCGUGGCCACAAACAUCUUCACGAAUGCGCAUUCAUCGGUGAUGAUAGUAGCGAAGAAUUGGAGGAACUUUUGGAAGUUGCUAAAGAGACUGGUUUUCUUGCGACGAACAAUUCGUUUGAGAACGAGAGUCCUAGCAACGAGCCGGAAAAGAUGAAGAGGGUUCAACAAGGUGUACAGUUUCAUCACAAAGAUCAUCUGUUGAACGAUUCGAAACAUACGAUGAACACUAUGCCGCAUCAUUACAACAGUCACGAAUUAGAUGCCAAGGCUAUGAAAGUGAUUCUCACGGAACUUUUUGCCAAAACGCUGGAUACAAAGAAGAAGCAAAAAGAGAAUCCGCAUCAUCAUUACGAAGGUACUUUCGUAGAAACGGAUAAUAUCGAUAAACCGCCUAUUCAAUCUUCUUCUCAUACCGAUACGCAAGAAGCCAGAAAUGAACAAAUGGAGAAUAAAUUGAUUAAAACUUUCGAAGAGGUUUUGAGGAGGCAAAGCGUAGCGAGUACCACGGCCGACGAUACAGGUGAAUUAAUAAAAAAGCAUGGAAAGUUUAUGCAUAGACAUGUUGUUGCACGAAACGAGACGAGCGAAAAGGAAACGAAGAAAACGACAAUCGAGUCCAAGGAGCCAACAUCCGGGGAAGUGUUUCGAGAUGUUUUGGACAAGAUUAAUUCGUUGGGUUAUCGGGGUAAAAAGAUUCUGAAGAAACUGAUGGACGAGAUUGAGAAGAAAGGUCCGGAAGGGGAAGCUUUACGGCAGGCGGUGAACAAGACGAUGAACGAUCACACGCUUUCGAAUGCUGAGAAACGCAGAAGACGAAGAGACCUCGUUUUAUCCUCGCCUCUUCACAAGGAAUUAACGGAAGAGGACGAAGAUGACGAUGCAGCUGUCGAAGAGGAUAUGUUGAACCCGGAUGGCAUAGCCGAGGACAGAGGCACCGUGAACGAGACAACGUUGAACGAUAGAAGCAAUUCCGAAUUUUGGAGCUCGUUCAGCAGUUCUGAGGAACGGCUUCUUGAUUGCAAAGGAUUGAUUCUAAAUUUACCUCUAACACCUCAUAGACAAUGUACUCCGAGACACGAGAGCGAACAUACGGUCGCUUCGUUUGCCAACACGAUUACAUAUAGAGUGCCUACAAACGGAUAUUAUUUCUUCGUCUUCAACUCUGAAAACGAGAUUCAACCCAAUUAUCUAAGGGUACGGUUCGAUCUUUUGAAGACGGUCUACAACAUCUCGAACCCGGUACACGUCUGCAAGAAUAGCACGAUGGAAUGUUCGUUGCCUUUUAAAAUCUUCAGUAAUGAGAGGACAGUGUUGGAAUUGCCGUUGAAUGGCAAUGACUCACUAUGGAACGAGGAAUACGUAGUGGUAUCCACGUGUGAACCAAGAACGUCUAUUUAUUUGCUAUGCAUUAUAUCGGUACCUUUGCUUAUCCUUAUAUUUGCAUUUCACUGACAACAUGACGAAUCGUGUGAGGAAAGGACAGUAUUUUAAUCUCACAAUAAGAACACUCGCAUAAAAUGCUCACUUGUAAAUAUUUUUUAAGAUUAAGAUGCGAAGACAAACCAUUGUUAAAAUGGCGAUAACGCGACAGUAUUUUUUUUUCUUCUUUUUUUUUUUUUUUUUUUUUUUUUUUGUACGUACCUUUGAUCGGCGGCUACAAUGCUUUAUUGUAUAUUUAGAAUAGUCAAUCGAAUUAUCAAUAAUGUAUCUAUUGAUAAUUCUAACAGACUUUUUACAUCACAGAAAAUUAAAAAGCAUCACGAUUUAAUGUAGAGAUAUACAUUUACAUCAAAGAUGCAUAUAAAUAUAUGAAAAUGACUAAUAAAUUGUUAAUGGGAAAUUAGUAUAGGCAUUUGUUAAUAUCUCUUGACAUUUAUAGAUACGUUAUAAACGUAUAUAUAUAUAUAUAUAUAUAUAUAUAUAUAUAUAUAUAUUUUGUUAAUACAUGUUAAAUUUUUUAUAUAGUAUCUGAUUUAUUGAUAGAUUAAAAUCGUAUGUUUAUUACGUCAAUAAAUAGUGAGAUAUGUUUUGACUCUUUCUUCUUAUCAGCGGCAAAAAAUGAUUUUACUUUAUUAUAUUUUAUUUUUAAUUAAUAAUACAAUACUGAUCGAUAUCGGUAAUUUUUGAUCAAUCUGUUUUCUCAACUGUUAAAUUACUAGUCUGCACAAAAAUUACCAAUCUUUAAGUCGAUUAUUGAUACGAUUCAGAUACGGAAAAAUUUUCCAUUGUUUCAAGUAUCGUAUCGAAUAUUAUAUACAUAUACAUACAUAUACAUAAAUUUAAAUUGUCUAUUCGAUAAUCAUUUAUCUUAUUUAUUAUAGUCUAAUAUAUUGUAAUUUAUAUAUGUAUCAUAUUAGAAAUUUUGCAUAAUUUAUAAAUUAGCAUCUCUAUCGCGAUUCCUGUUCUUUAUGAGAUUAAUACGCAAUCGAUACAAAAUAUAUAGAGAAUGUAGAGAAAAUUUAUAUAUUUUCAAUAAAAAAAAAAGACAAAAAGAAAAAAAA